CAUCGUCUUCUGUCUUGCUUUGUUUCUUAUCUUUUGCCGCCUUUUAGCGAUACAAAUGAAGUCGAUGUCCCUAUAAAUACGAGGGUGGGCACGAAACGAUACAUGGCCCCUGAAGUCCUGGAUGAAACUUUGAAUAAGAAUCACUUCCAGCCAUACAUCAUGGCCGACAUUUACAGCUUCGGCUUGAUCAUUUGGGAAAUGGCUCGGCGAUGCAUCACAGGAGGGAUUGUCGAAGAAUACCAACUGCCCUAUUACGAUAUGGUCCCGAAUGAUCCUUCGUUCGAGGAUAUGAGAGAGGUGGUUUGCAUGAAACAUCUGCGCCCGGUGGUGUCAAAUCGAUGGAAUAGCGAUGAGUGUUUAAGGGCCAUACUGAAAUUAAUGUGCGAAUGCUGGGCCCACAACCCAGCCUCUAGACUGACCGCCUUGAGGAUUAAGAAAACCCUGGGCAAGAUGGUGGAAUCGCAAGACGUUAAAAUUUGACAAAGAAACAUCGCAGGAAGAGUGAAUUUGGGGACUCUUUUAAGAACUUCUUCACUCAACCCAGAGCAGGUUUGGUGGGAUCAGGAGGGGACAUCUGACUUUCAGCCCACACUUCCUCGCUAAUUCUACAGGCUGCUAAUAAAUAUUACAUUUUAAUAAGAACGUGGGAUCCGCGCACACAAAUACGAUACAUGUGUGGAUGGCCUUGUCGUCUUCUUUUUAAUUUUAAUUUUGAGCUGCAUUAAGAUUUUCAUCCCAGUUUUAGGUUCCCAUCGGUUUUCUUCAGUGCUGAAUUGAACAUUCAGAUGGAUCGCGCUUUCUGUGAAAGCCUUAAGUUAAAUGAAUGCAACAGCAGUGAAUGGAAGGAAAAAUCAAGCUUUUUGUCUCCUGCCUGAUGUUACCUAACCAGGACUUGACAGAAUAUAGCCUGUGUGUCUGGGACACUUAAAGUAAUCAGACAAGUCCCUUAAGUCUUCUACAGUGUUGUGCCAGAAUUAUUUUUUUUUUCCUCCCGUGUUUGGAGUACUUAAAGAAGCCAUUCAAUUUUGUGCAAAGCUACCCGUUUCUUUUCUUUUGUUCACAAUGCCUACGAGAUGCGAAGACGAGUUACAUCUACCUUCCUUUUCGUGUUUGCAUCAAAAGGAUGACCCGAAAUCAAACAGCUCCUGUCAAAGUUCGCGCAGCUUCCUUUCAAGCUUGAGGCGAAGAUCGAAAUCGAUAUCGCAGGCUGUUUCCAAAGACCCCCCCCCAAAAUCCGCCAGAACGAACCGCAGAAUCGCUUUGAUAAUUUUAAGUGCCUAUAAUCUUGUACUGUAAACCAUGUCCUAGCUGGUGUGAUUUUUUUUUUUUUUUUGGUUUGGGGUUGUUUUUUUCGAAAAGGGAAAUUAUUUAUGCAGUACACAGUGUGCUUUUAUUGCCUGCUCUUUGUAUAGGUGUCAACAUGCCGUGCAGAGACCUGAAAAUAAUUUUCAAAGUCAUCAAGAUCCCGUUAGAAACACACCUGCCAAAUGUGACACUUUGAAUGGAAUAGAUGGCACGGAUAUUACACAAAGCGUUUCAAUUUCCCUUUGAGAAGCAUUCGGUAGAAAAUUUAAUGCAGGGGUGUCCAUCCUUGGCAACUUUUAAGAUUUGUGGACUUCAACUCCCAGAAUCCCCCAGCCAGCUUGGCUGACUGGGGAAUUCUGGGAAUUGAAGUCCAAAGUUGCCACGGUUGGAUACUCUUGCUUUAAUGCAACUUGAGUGUGAAUUC